UGUUCCUAGACAGCUAGCGAUCCCAGGACGUAACGUAUGAAACGGCAUUCUCGAGAAAACACACCUGCGACGCACGCUUCUGCCCGCCGCUCGCUCGUGAGAAUUCCAAUCUGCCGGGUUGCUCUAUAUAGGGCUCCUGAGUACUCUGAUAAAUGACUAUCCGGAUAUCUGAGAUUAGAUCCGAUCAGAAACUUCAAAUCUGCAUUAUUCGGCUUAUCCGCGAAUCUUUUGAGAUGAACGAUUGACGCGUCGGUUGCGGAUCUCAAUUCGCGGCGGAGCCGGCUGUAGCGACCUAAAUCUCUCUCGAACAUUUGACAACGAAUAAAUCGAUAUUUUUGAUCUACUAUGUCACGGCCUUAACCUCUGACGACUGCCGAAAGUUCAUAUCGAUUUAUUCGCUAAUUUCGCAGCCCUCUUUAUAAGUUCGCGCGAAUUUUUGCGGAGUCUUUUCGAGACCGAUAUUUCGGUUAGAACUUGAUUCAAUAAUUAUUUAGCAUAAUAUAUUGGCCGUUUUUUCAAUGGAAGGUCAUUGAAAUAAGGAAAAAAUCAAAAAGUAUUGAAAUGUUAUUAGGCUACAUUUAGCGUUGCAACUGUAAUGUUAUAUUCGCUUGGAAAAAUCAUAUUUACUCGUUAAACUAUUUCUGAAGUGUCUUUUUCGUGAAUAUACUUAGCCCUGUACAGAGCCGAAUUUUGCAAUUAAAGUCUGAAAAAAUUAUAAUAAUUAAAAUUCGUGCUGCACACCAGAUCGUAUACUCGCAGCACGCUCGUUACCAAAAGCUGACCUGAAAUUGCGGACUUCCGGUGAAUCCGCUGCAUAUAAAUAAAGACGCAGAAUUCUUUCCUUCGCAGUUAUUAAUAAAUUAUUGCUUCGAAUGUAAUAGUCCGUGUGCGUCGUAACUUAAUUUUCUAAGAAUUAUGCGUGGUGUUAUCCUUGUUGCGCAACAGUUAUCUCAAUUGUUCAAAGAGACCGACUCCAUUUUUUUUUUACAACGUUAGAGUAAGUGUAUGUUGUUAUAAACGUUAUUACUUACGUAUUCUUAUUAAUAAUACGGAUGUAUCGAUCAAAUAAUAACGAAUACUUGUUUCAGGAUAUGUGGUUAGGUGAUUAGUAAUCCCCAGAGGAUGUGAAAAUUGUAACGUUAACGAACGUUAAUAUGUUUGUACGAGUUUCCUGGUGAUCAAUAAAGACUGUUGGGAUGACGCGCCAUCUUAUGAUAUCGCAAUGCGAUGACAGCAGUAUUGAUAUUCUCACAGCAUAUAGGAAAGCCUAUCAUCAGGCAGAGAGAAAGGCGUGGGGGAGGUCUUCGUUUAGUAAUAUUGGGCUCAUGGAAGUCCGUCCUCGGAGAUAGUCCCACAAACGGAAAAAUUGCGAGGGUGAGUUCCGCCCGAGUGCAAUGUCAAGACGCGAUCGAAACGGUCGCCGUAGAUUCGCCGUUGGACUCGCAACACUCGUCGGAAGAGUUCACGGCGUACGAACAGACCGCCGACUCGCCCGCCGUCACGGAAGCGAGCCCGACGUUGCAGCGGCAACAACGACGAUCGGACUCCUCGCCGAGUUCGCAGAAAGAGCAUACCGAAGUGGACGAGGCGCUCGACAGAAUACGUAACACGUGUCCUUUCUGCGACAAAUGCUUCAACAGCGCGAAGAAGGUCGAGAACCACGUGAAGUACGUGCACCGGAAGCCGUACAAGUGCGACAAGUGCGCGAAGUCGUGCUACACGCAGCGGGCGCUGAUCGAACACAAGCGGAUACAUCGGCCAGACUACUUCUUCGAGUGCGACAUCUGCCACGUGCGUUACAAGAGUGUGCACGGGCUCCAGCGGCACUACAUGCGCAACCACAGCGAACACGAGUCGCGCUACAUCUGUGAGCACUGCGGCCGCGGCUACAAGCUGCAGAUCGACCUUACGCACCACGUGAAGCGCACGCACUCGUCGCAGCUGCAGAUCUGCCGCUUUUGCGGCAAGGCGGUCAAGGACGUGAAGGGCCACGAGUGGCGGCACCAGCGGCGCAGCCAGGGCGAGAUCAAGUACGAAUACCCGUGCCACUUGUGCCGCAAGAAGUUCCUCCACCGCAGCCGGCUGGACAGCCACCUGAAGCUGCACGAGAGGGGCUUCAAGUGCGACGAGUGCGGCAAGGAGUGCGUGGGGACGCGCGAGCUCCUCAGCCACCGGCGCUUCAAACACGGCCACGGCAGCAUCUCCACCUGCAUCCUCUGUCAGAAGACUUUCACCUCCGUCAGCAAUUUCUACCAGCACGUGCUCACGCACGCCGGCAUCCGGCCGUACAAGUGCGACAUCUGCGAGGAGGACUUUACGCAACGGUCCAGCCUGCUGCGACACCGGAGGCAUCACCAGGGGCCGCUGCCGCCGUUGCAGGCGGCGCAUCCGCAGAUAGCCAAGCUCGCCAGGAGUUACUUGCAGAAGGUGCAGAGCGAAGACAUCGACAAGAGUCUGGUGGUAGAUGCGCGGUCGUCAGCGUGAGCUUGGACGGUGCCUUGUCUCGCGCACCAGGUGACGCGUGUGUGCGGAACGUGAAGCUAUCAAUGACCCUCUUCUCUCUCAGCGCGAAGUACACUUGUACAUUUGUAUUACCACUGUUGCCAUAAUAGCGAGUACGGAGGACCAUGGCAUUCGUGUACAUUUUUACGGAAAAAUGUAUAUUAUCCGAUGUGCUGACCGAUCCUCUUCCAGACGACGGAUUCGCGCGUUUUGUGAUCAUCCCAAAAGUGUUGAUUUGUAUUUUCUUUAUUAUAUCGUCCUGCAAACGAGCCUGCAGUAACUUCUAUUGAUGUCGCGUGACGGAGAAGUUACCGCCGUGCAUCCGACUGAUAUGAAUAACAGUGAAGAAUUGUUGAGUUCUUCAUUGACUUUAAUGAGCUCGAUUUGUCUCUGGUAUUUUUUCUGUAUUAUUUUUUGUCAAUAUAUAUAUAUAUAUAUAUAUAUAUAUAUAUAUAUACGCACGCGCGAAAUCUCAGUAGGUUCCAUGGAGAAUCUCCGUUUUGUGUGAAUUUCCUGACUAAGUGAUAAGACUUUAUGAGAAACGUGGAAACCGAACACAACGAUUCGACAAGUAUAAGUAUAUUUAAAUAAAAUUGCAUAUUGAUAAAAUUAUCACUAUCAUUUUACUUGGACUCAUUGAAUGACGAACACUUCCGCCGAUUUGCUCAGGAAUGUUUGCACCACGUAAAUACAGAGAAAUAUUUUACAUAUAAAUAAACAGUGUAACAAUAUCGAUUAUUACGUAGCGCUUUUAGUGUAGAAACAUUGAAUGACAGUAUGGAGUUUUGUGUGAAGCAAAAUUCGAAUUCCUGUUUAAUGAGUAACAACGAUUGGUGUUUGACACAUAAUAAUCUCAAGAACACUUAUGAUUUUUGUUUUGUAAUAUUUUGAAAAGUAAGUGCUAUAUAUGGAUGAACUUUUAUUUGUGCGAUAUAUUCUUGUUUUGCCGAGAAACAUCUUUAUGACACUUUUUCGUUCAAUUUUACGCUUAUUUAUUUAUCAUUUUUUUCUUAGAAAAAUUGGAGAGUUUUAAUUACAGAUACAUACUUCAUAUCGGAAAGAAAGAGUUUUUACGUACCGUUAUAUUUUCAAGUGAUUGUCGUAAUACCUGUAACUGACUUACGUACGUAAUGCACUUUAUCGGCACUAUUUUUUCUAUCGCUCACUAAAUUCAUCGAUG